UGUCUUCAUCCGCAAAUUUGAGGCCUUUUACCCUGCUGUACGGCAAACGGAGAACUCUUCUUGAGGCACAGCCAAGCCACUUAACACCCAAGACGGCAUAGCGUAGCACGUCUGUCGCGCCUGCCCAUCGCGACGUGCUUUGGCCGUGCGCCUUCCUCUCCAACCUCGCCGUCAUACAUGAGCUUUCGUCUCAUAUCCCCAUUUGCGUCUCCAAUUACUCGCGUGUGUUUAUCUGAUCGUCCGUUGGUGUUGCUUGUAUAUGUGUACUGCUGAAAAGGAUCAUGUCUUCUCCAUGCGCCCCUCGAAGUAUGCGUCUUCAAGAGCCCACGCCUGAGCUAUGCUCAUCACCACCUCCUCCCUCAUCCGCGACCGUUUGUUCACGCAAGCCAAAACGGCCACCGCCCAUUACGCCCAAGCGCUUCACCCGCUUCUUCACCCCGCGAAAUUCCAAAGAUGUCUCGUCGCGCACACAUCUCUCCAGGUCGGGUCGCCAAUUGCAAGACAUCACACGAUCGGCUCUUAAUCGCAGCCGUGAGACCCGGAGUACGCCGCGGAAGACGGUGAACUUUGUCGACAUUGAGAACCCAAUGCGGACCCCACAGAGCAGUGUGCGGAAGCGAAAGGCCUACUUAUCGCCUGCGAGUUCUCCUGCCCAGUCGUCGCCCUCGAAGCGAUCUCGUUACGUCACUCCACCAGCAAUUGAUAUUCUCGAAGACGGGCUCGACCUGGAUGACGAAGACGAGCCUGCCAUACAACCAGCGCCGAUACGGAGGUUAAGAACGCUGGGACGCCCAUCGAGAACACUUCAGCGAUCCUUUGGAGGUAUACUGGGCGUUGGACGAGGGUUCAGGAUAGACCACGGCGCAUCAUGGCAAGACCAGACUUCCAACUUCUACAGUGGCGCAGACGACUUCCGUCAACUGCCAGAGGGCGCUCCGCCGUUCUGCACAGCUAGUUGCAACACCAACUCUAUGCUCGCUAUAGGAGACGAAGAUGGAUAUAUUCACCUACAAGACUCUGAAGGCGACUUUUCCAAACCAACCGUAACAUGGAAAGCCCACACCAACGCCAUCAUGGACCUGCAGUUCUCGUCAGACGACUUGCACCUGGCCGCCGGUUCCGGAGACCAGACUGCAUCCAUCAUCGACGUUCGCACCCAACAGACACUCGCCGUCUUGGCUAAACACAAGUCAUCAGUGAAGCAAGUACGCUUCCAGCCGGGUGACGACAAAAUGGUAGCUACUUCGAGUCGGGACGGCGCAGUACAGAUCUGGGAUCUCCGGUGUAAGGGCAAUCAGGGACAAGUACACUCAGCCUGGGGCUCCGAUGCGCCAUAUGCUAGUGUCGUGCGUACGCUUGCUUCAGCACAUGCGGAUAUUAGCCUUCCAACACCUACAUCGUCCGCCACUCGGAUUUUGGGCAAUAGCAAGACGGAAACAAUAAACAGACGAAACGACAUCUCAGUCACGGCUCUAUCUUUCCUUCCUGAAGGCCGCGAACACCUACUCCUGACUGCUUCGGACGCAUCGACAUGCGUCAAGCUUUGGGACAUCAGAGGCAGAUACUCGCUGCGAGGACCUGCUAUACCAAUCGCGACUACACGCCAUCCCGAAUCUCAUAACCGCCACCGGCACUUUGCCAUCAACUCACUCACCCUAAGUGGUGACGCAUCACGACUUUACGCCCUGAGCAAAGACAACACCGUGUACGCCUACUCUACAAGCCACCUCAUCCUCGGCGUAGCACCCGAACUAUCUACAUCCUCUUCAUCAAAGCAGAAAUACUGUGGUGUAGACCAAGAAGGUCUGGGACCAAUCUAUGGUUUCCGACACCAGAACUUCCACGCCGGCUCCUUCUAUGUCAAGGCAUCGCUACGCAAGGCGUACCAGGACCGCACCGAGAUGCUCGCAGUUGGCAGCACAGACGGCUGCCCCGUAUUAUUCCCUACCGACGAGACCUUCCUCAAGCGCGAAACAAGAAUCGAAGAGGAUGACGCAGACGACCUCCCGGAUAUUACUAGCAUCGCUGCAAAACCUUCACGACCAUCGAUCCUUUCCCGAUCAUCCUCAAACACCCGUUGCCCGGAUACCAUUCCUAUCUACGAACACGGCACAGCGCUUAUACGAGGCCACGAUGCAGAAGUCACAAGCGUGUCAUGGGCGCGCAACGGCAGCCUGAUUAGUGUCAGCGACGACUACCGCGUCAGAAGGUGGAAAGAAGGAAGUCAAGCCAGAGAUCUACGUAUGGGCGGUGAGAGCGAGGGAAGGAGAUGGCAGUGUGGAUGGGCCGCUGUAGGAGACGGAUAUGACGACGAUGAGUAGGAUCGUUGUCCACAUACUUUCGUGCGACGUUGUUUAUUAUACCCCAGCUAUUGAUUUGUGUAAGAUUAUGAAUGAAAGAGAGGUUG